UUUGGUUGCUUCGUUCCAAAUUUUUACUUCGGUAAAAAUUUCAUAGUAAAUUCCAUGAUGCAAUCAUUUAACUUUUUUUUGUGGAACUACCUUGUACUUUUUACGAGGUAUCUCUGCCUAGGAUUUUCCGGUGUAACCAACAUCGAAGAGCUGCUGACUUCCAAAGAUGCUCUCGAAAAUCGUUUGAAAAAUUUCGGAGCCGAUUGGCCAUUUUGUGUAUUAUAUAGAGAUCCGAAAAUCUCUCCAUCCAAGCUUGAGCAAAGUUUUAUGGAGUUUCUGAAUAGUCUUCCACAUGAUAAUGCUUACAAAGAUUGGAGCAUUGUAGCAUUCAACCUUGACAAGGGAAUGUUAUCAUGGGAAGGCCACCCAGGUACUGUUCCUGUUCUUCAAUGUCUCAUUGGAACAGCUUCUUCACCACUGAGUUACCCAUCACCUAACAGGCCCCAUAAAACAACCAGCUCUUUGUGGAAAUGGUUUGAAUCUGUGAGAAAGAUGUUUUCCAAAAGACUAUUACCAUUCACUAAAAAUCUACCUCAGGAAGUUGACAGUCAUAAAGGUUACACUUUAGUGGGAAUUCCUGGUCAGUUUUAUCACCAACAAAUAGAAAACACAUUUAAAAAGUUAGCUAAGAUUUGGAAGGAAAAGAUACAAGUGUUUGUUGUUAUUCCAUCCACCGAUGUUGAGGAAUAUGUGAUUGAGGCAUACAACAUCAGCCAGGUUCCAGCUGUUAUUGUGUUUAACUCCCAAGAGUGGAAAGAAAAAGAAAAGCCUUUAUUUGUUUUGCAAAGUGUUCUUGAAAUAGAGGAGAGAAGACUUCAAGUUCUGCUGGUUGCCCUACACAGUCAAGCUUACCAACUGAAUCUGGACAAUUUCUUUGAUGAAGUGUUGGAAACAAAACAUCCACGACUUCCCAUUGUGGUGUGUUUUUAUUCACCAAGGAACCCACGGACCCUUAAUUACUUGGAUGCUUUUCAUCGUUCAUAUGAUACAUUCACAAGAAUGAAACUCACUGUGCGAUUUGCAUUGCUUAACAUCAUGAGUCACCCAGAAGUAAUAUCAAGAUAUGUGAUUGCAUCAGAUGUGUACGCUGUUCCCUUUACCAUGGUUUUCUGGCAAGAGAGAGAGUCAACAUCACAGAAGUUUAUUAUAAAACAACAACUAUUUGACAAGGAUGUCCCCACUCCAUUACUUCUCUAUGAGUUUCUGCAAAUGUUGCCUGUUGCUGUACAUCCCAUUGCACCAGAUGAUAAUGAUGACGAUGCUGAUGAAAUCUUUAAUCCAUGGAAGGAAAGUGAUGAUGUUAAGAAAGUGUGCAACCUUGAUAUAUUAGAAAACAAGUGUGCCAUAGGAGACAACAGUACUGUUACAGAUUUUGAGCAUAAUAACGUUAUGUUUGGACCUCCUUUGCCUCCAUCGUCUUGGCAGACAAAGACCCAAGUUCAGAAAAAACAACAAGAAAAGUUUGAGUUUCAAUACGUAAAUGAUAAAACCUGGUCCUCUCUAGUGGAGCAAUCCGUUGGUCCGAUCAAGUCGUACACUGCCGCAGCUUUUCCAACCAAGCAAACAUCUCGUCUGUUUUCUGUAUCUUUGGUUGUGUUUCUUCAAGAGGGCUGCAGUUACUGCAAUCAGGUCUUACCAACAAUUGAACGAAUAUCAUCGGACGCCAAGUAUUUAGGGGCGUCAGUGUUUGUACACAACUGUUCAACAGACCCUCUAACGUGUCAACGGUAUGGCAUCACGGGCUACCCAACGCUCACAGCUUUCCGCAGUCUGAGCUGGUCUGCAGUCGAGAGUUGUUCAAGUUCUCACUCAACGUACAUUAGGCUAGACUACCAUGGACCGAUAGUAGCAAAACUUGUACUAGAGUGGUUAUCCAACGUUUGUCAGCCUGCUGUGGAUAGAAGAUACUUAUUUGACUCUAUUCCUGAAAUGGAUGUGGACGUCAGGUUGAUUGGUACGCUAUACACACGGACUCUUGCUCGCCGCUAUCUUGCGACAACUCUCGCCAACAAGUGGUACCCUCUUCACUGUUUCCAACUGGUUUGUGAGCUUCUGUAUGGCCGGGUACCUUGCUAUGCAAUUUACACCAGAGAUGUUGUUGAUGAUGGAAGUAAAACGAAAGCUAGCGAUCAAGAUCUUGUGUUAUCAAAGCUGGAGCUUCAAAGAAGCGAUGGUGUCCGAGUGAAAGUUUUUCAGCUGGGUCAAAAUGUGGAAUCUCUGAUCAACAAUCAGAGAGACACCAGACUACACAUGUUUCACGACACUCACAGAUACGACAUGCCCAAGAACUUCAAAUGCGAACACAACCACAAAAUAUGCACAGAUAUUGCUGUACGCUUUGUUCAAGAUCACCGAAGACUUCCAGUUCUUCAUAUGACUUCGGCUGCAUUUCACACCAAGUUGGGGUCUGAAGAAGAUGCGAACUUCGAACCUUAUGCGCAUAACUUACCCAUACUGUUUGCAUUGGCACACAAGAACAACGUAUCGAAAGACAGCUCAUUUUAUAAAGAGCUCUUAGAAUCAGCUUACACGAUGUACAAUGAAAUGGUGUUUGUGACUUUGGAUAUAGACGAGUUCGCGCACUGGGCAAGUCGCUUUGUACCUAGAGAUUACCACGCCAAGCAUGCUUUUGGAAGACAAGCCGAGAACAUCCCUCCCUUGUACCACUAUCCCCGGCUGUGCAUCAUUCAACACGAUGAUCAUCAACAUGCUGCUUUUUAUCCUCCUGUCGAAGAACUACAGGGUCUGGGGACUAGAAUCCAGACGCGGCUCAAUCAGAUAACUUCCCAGCAAAUUAUUAAGUUUGCUCGGGAUUACUUGAAGGAUCCCACGGCGUUAAUUGUGAAAACUGAAUAUUUCUAAAUCUAAUUGAUAUAGAACGCGUUUAUAAUACUGUGGAACAUCUCGUUUUAGAACACUUCUUUUUCGGGGCACCUAUAUUCAAGGGACUUAAACUUUGGUCCCAACUGAAAAGAUGUUUUUUAAAAACCUUUGUACUCUUUGGCCCCUUUGACUUCCUUAAAGGCACAUCUCAUUUCAGGACUCUUUUUUCUAGUACCCAGGGUGCCCCCUGAAUGAAGUUCCUUAGUAUCUCUCUUCAGAAUUUGUUUGCUUUAUUGAAGGACACCCCUAAUCUAGCGACACUUUUUCUAGUCAUGAGGGUGUUGAAGUACAGGACUAGAACCCAGGACUACCCUCUGAACCAUCCUCUAGAAGCAUUCUCUUUAAGCAGUGCGCACAGGAUAUGU